AUGCCACAGUAUGAAGUAAGGGUGCGCGUACCGCACGUCAAUGGGGCACCUGCUGGAGCCGCGCCAAGUCCUCGACAGGAUGACGAGGAAUUCGCCAAUGAAACAUUGUUUUUCGAGCGUAAUCGUAUUAAACAACUACAAGAUGAGCGUGUCCAUAUCCAAAAGAAGACAUUCACAAAAUGGUGCAACUCCUUUCUGAAUCGGGCCCGAUUGGAGGUUGUCGACCUAUUCGUGGAUUUCGGAGAUGGUGUGCUUUUGAUGAAACUUCUUGAGAUCAUUUCCGGGGAAAAAUUGGGAAAACCCAAUAGAGGCCGUAUGCGGGUGCAGAAAAUCGAAAAUCUUAACAAGGUUCUAGAUUUCCUCAAGAAAAAGAAGAUCCAACUCGAAAACAUUGGCGCUGAAGACAUUCUGGAUCGUAAUGAGCGGCUCAUUCUUGGUCUUAUUUGGACGAUUAUUCUCCGCUUCCAGAUUGACACGAUUGUCAUUGAAGACGAGGAAGAACGAGGAGAACGCAAGCAUGCUAAAGAUGCCCUUCUGCUAUGGUGUCAACGCAAAACUGCUGGCUAUCCUAAUGUGAGGGUGGAGAACUUUACGACCAGUUGGCGAAACGGUCUGGCGUUCAACGCGCUUAUACAUGCUCACAGGUUUGUAGNGAUAUAUUGGUUGAUGCCGAUUUUCCAGACCAGAGUUGGUCAACUUCAAUGCUCUCAACCCCAAUGA